CGCCCAUUUUCUUAAAGUUAUGAGGAAACAAAAUCAGUAGGGGAACAUUUAUGUAGUUAUACUCAGUACAAAGAAGAUUAAAAAAUAACUAAAUGUAGAUUGAUUGGGAAAGGUACAACGCACGAUUAUGGUGUACUCCUAUUUAUCAACCCACGGACAGCGGGAGACUUAUAGUGUCUAGCCCCCAACACCUCAACUUCAACCACUUGAACCUUAGCGUACCCUUAGUUCCUAACAAUUUCCAUCACUAUAAAUGUAUUUAUUCCGUAAACAUAAACAUACAGCUUUAGGGUGGGAUUUCAGAACCCGGAAGUGACGAAAUAUCCUUACUAUGGUUACCGCAGUUACAUUUCCGAUGCAACUUUAGUUUGAACAUGGCGGUCUUUGAAAUCUUUUCUCAUGCUGAAUUACGCCGAUAUCGAAGUCACAUUUUCUCCAAAGCUACAGCUCUACAGGUUUUCAUUACUCUUUUAACAUACAUACUACCUCUUGUAGUAAUUUACCUUAAUGAUGGUAUUUGGAUUAGUGAUGCUCGUUUCAGAGAUCAACCAAAAAUUGUAUUCAAAAAGGAACUGCUUUUUCUUUUAUAUACUACUGGUAGCACUCAGUCAUAUGUCACAUACAGUACUUUUGAAAAUUACAACAAAUUACAACAAAAUUCCCUAAGGAUUCCACUGAUAAAAUCAGUGGAAGAAGACAUAAAUGGUGAUGGGAAAUUGGAUAACUUACAGCUUACCCUUGAAGUGCCACUAUAUGAUUCAGAAAAUGUCGUUGCCAUUGAAAUGUUACUGUUUUUCCAUUAUGAAUUGCAUAAGCACGGUUCAAUAACUAUGAAUUCUAUGGCAUAUAUUCAUCAUUCAUCUGUAAUACCAGGUGCCAAAAUAAAUGUGUAUGGUACAUUGGAAACUGUACAGAGAAUACCACUUCACUAUAAAGGCAAUAAUAUACGGUUUAAUACAUCCAUAAUUGAUUCUGACAGUGUAUAUGCCUCAGCUUAUGAUUUGUCUAAUAUCCUGAAGAAGUAUCAUGAAAGAAAUGUGACCACCAAAUUGAUAGAACCUUACUAUGCUUGGACCAUUGGACGUGGGGCCAAAAUGCCAUUUAUUAUUUCAGUGAACAUUAAAUACCCACGGCAAGAAUUUAUUUAUUCUCCAAGCCUACUGUACCAACUAAAGUGGGGUUGGGUGCAGUAUGUAUCAUUGCUGUUUUUCUUCCUUGUAGCGGCUCAUAACCUAAAGGUGUUCAUAUUUAGCAACCAGCUUGUGAAUACAAUCAUAACAAGACCUUACAGAGAUACUGGGCUGAAACUUUCCUGAAGCUGUUCUUGGAUGACAUUUGUGUUGGUGUUCACUUUAUAUAUACCAAGCUACUAUACUGACUGGUAUAGCCAUACAAGAUAUCAGAAUUACACAACAACAAUAAAAACGUAUACAUAUAAUCACAACAUAGAUAUGCAGUUACAAUAUUAUUAAACUUUAUCACCGAUGCUAUGUGAAACAUAUUAAUUCUGAGCCUAUUGUUGCAGCAAUAAGCAUCCAACUCAUUCUCAGACACACACCAAGGCUGCAAUGUAAACAAACGUUAUAUUUCUAAUUUUUCAUACCUGUUUUCUUAUUUUUUCUAAUUUUCUUUGAUUAAGAGUAUGACCCAAAACUUUAGAUCCUCUUUUUUUUUUUCAUUUCCCGUAUUUAUUUUCAAUCUACACACUCUUUGAUUGUUAUUGUCUCAUUUCAUUUUUCUGCACUUCUUUCACCAUGUGUUUUAUUUGUCGAAAUUCAUAUGUUGUUCAUUUGUUUAUCUCUUUACCUUAUGAUUUGCCUCAUUUUACUUGUGCAUAUUUUUAUUGAUAUAUUGAGUGCGUUUAUACACAAUUUUGUACACCUCUGACACUAUAAGAAAUCUUUAUUGUAAUUCAAAGGAGAUAACCUACAUACUUUGUUUUGUGUAUUA